GGGGAAUUUAUCUGAUCCACUCACGGAUGGUUUACUUUAAUGACGGCUCACUCAAAUUAUUGCUGUGACAACUUCGUUUAACAUAGCAGCACACAGGAGACUGUAGUGAAUCUCACAACACUACCACCUCCAUGAACUCUUCAAAGAGCAUCAACUCAAACGGAUCGGUGCACACCGCACCCCACAGUACGCCUCAGAAGGCUACAGAGAUUGGGAAGUCCCCGGAUAAAGAAAUAUAUGGUCUCGUAGGGUAUUACUGCAUCUGGUUGGUGUUGGCUUUGUACACGGUGUAUGCUCUUGUGCCAGAUGGGGUGCUGAGAAAUUACGGGAUAGUGCUGCCGAGCAAGUGGUGGGUGGUUGCAAUCCCGGUGUACGUCUGUAGCCUGUGGGUGUUCCUCCUCAGCCUGUACCUGGCAGUGAACUUCUACUGCACCCCGCCCAUAGAUUCGCUGGAUACCAUUCGUGACGAGUUUACAGUCCAUGUACCGUUCCCCAUAAGUCCUGUCCACCAGAAAGCGGAUCCUCCGGUAGAUGCCACUACCGAUGUAACUAGUGAUGUCAAGGAUGUUGGAACACACCCCUAUGCGAUACCACCAGUAGGUGACAUCCCCAUCCAACGGGUGAUGUGUGUGUUGUACCGGCAGUCUGGUACGUAGGUUUUUCCCGCAAGACCUUUCCAAUAGUAUUCUGGUACGCAGGUUUUUUCCACAAGACCUUCCAAUAGUAUUCUGGUACGCAGGUUUAUCCCACAAGACCUUUCCAAUAGUAUUCGGAUCCCGUGGUAGAUGUCACUGCCGUUGUGACUAGUGAUGUAAAGGAUAUUUGAACACACCCCUAGACGAUACCACCAGUAGACGAC